AUGGAGGCAAAGCAAACUUACUCAUUCCAUGAUGAUGAGAAAAUGGUUCUAUCUUCAAAGGCCAUCACCAGUGAGUCUGAGACUCAUAAUGAUCAAACUGAGUCCCAAAACCCAUCUUCAAAACCUCACUGGUCGGGCGCCGAUGGCAAGGAAGCUGCAUUAAGAAGGCCUUUAGCAGCAGUUACUACCACACCAGCAGCCAGUGAUAAUGAGGAAAUGGUGGAGGUGAAUGGGCGUGAGAGGCUGAAGAGGCACCGGGUCGAGGUGGCGGGUCGGAUUUGGAUCCCGGAUAUAUGGGGUCAGGAGGAUCUGCUCAAGGAUUGGAUAGACUGCACUGGCUUUGAUGCUUCCAAGGUGAAGAGUAAUAAUAUAUUGUCUGCUAGGGCUGCUUUGGUUAAAGAAGGAAGAAUAAGGGGUAAUUCUAGGGGACUAAGGAUAGAGAACAGGUGUUAA